AUCGCGACAAUGGCACCUCUUGUAUGGCUUGUUACAGGAGCCUCGGCGGGAAUUGGAGCCGCACUUGUGGAGGAAAUCGUCCGUCGAGGCGACAAAGUCAUCGCUGCCAAUAGACAGGUCAGUCAGAUGGCCGAUCGCGCUUCGGAGAAUGUGUCGCUUUUUGAGCUCGACAUCACGUCUGGUCCCAAGGUCAUUGCAAGCAAAGUCAAGGAGGCCUGGCAGAUUUUCGGACACAUCGAUGUUCUGGUCAACAAUGCCGGCACAUUCUUGCUCGGUCCCUUCGAGGAUGUUAGCGAUGAAGACGCAGAACGCAUCUUCCAAACCAACGUCUUCGGUCAGCUUCACAUGACGCGGGCCAUUCUCCCAUUCUUCCGCCAACAGGGCUCAGGAACAAUUACAUUCACCGCCUCAAACCAACUCUGGGGCAACAUGCCCUACACGACAUACUACAACAUGACCAAGUGGACGAACAGCUCCUUUGCCGAGUCGCUGCACAAAGAGGUUUCCUCUCUCGGCAUCCGCUGUGUCGCCUUUGAAUGCGGCGGUGUUGCCACGCGCCUCUUCGAGCCACGUGAGAAGGACAAAGUAGCGUCGAAGCAGAAGAAGGAGGAAAAGAGUCCCAUCGAAGCCUACGUGCCAGGAUUUGCCGCUGCCUCGCAGGUUCUGGCCGAAUGGGGAGUGCCUCCGGGAGACCCUGCCAAGGUCGCAAAGGCAAUGGCUGAUAUUGUCAAGGGUGAGGGCAUGGCGGCUGGCAGAGUCUGGUCUUCACGGGUUGCUUUGGGUUCGGAUUCUCUUCGAUGGCAGAAGAUUAAGAGACAACAGGAGGCUGUAGUGAUGGAUCGGUGGGAGGAUGUCACCAUCAGCACAGAUCGUGACGAUGCAGUGCUCUCUAACAAAUUGGAUCAUUUUGCUCUAAUAGCUGGGGCUGAGUAA